UCUUUUGUUUUGAUCACAGAAAGUAAAAUACCGCAUAUUUUUAUUUGCUGAUGCUCCGCGGUGUAAAAUAAAUUUGUCACGUAAAUAUCCGCCACAUCUUCGUCUUCUAGUAUGAACCUCGUAAACGUGAAUUCCUGACAGGUUAUGACGUAUCGUUUCUCUAGUAAGUGAUAGAACCGAAGACUUGAAGUAGCAUUGUGUUUCAACUGAAAAUACAAGGAACUUGGCUUUGUUUAUGCUUCAGAAGAGCCCGCCUUACGAAGAAGAAUGGUCAACCAUGACUGAAAAUCUGGGUGUCUGCAUGAGCGCGCCGACAAUUUAUGAAGACUUAUGGAUGGCCAAAAAGGAGAUGGCUUGCCGACUUCACACGUUGUCGACGCCAUCGACUGGAGCGAACCGGCAAUGCGGUUCGUUCGCUUCGUCUUCAUCAUCUUGUUGCGGAUAGCAGCCGAAGUCAUACUGCGCGUAAUGGCUGAGCCGUUUAGAAGUGUUGACAACAACGCAGAUGACAUCAUUACCGAUAAUACAACCGCCAGGUGCGCCAAAAUCGGUAUGGAGGAGCACUGAAUACCCCUUUCCACAUCACAUAGUGAUCUAGGAAUGAACUGCCUUAUUUGCGAAACGUAUCGUAAGAAAAACACACAUUCAAUAUUUACAUUCGACUAUAAAUAACACAGUCUUUGGAUCUCGCUUCAAGCAAUAGAAUUAUUUUGAAAAUUUGUAUUUCUUUCUUUUUAGUAUGUAUGUGUUUAUUACAGAAAUGACAUAAUACCUGAAUUUACAUGUACAUGUUAUGUCUCUAGAAAAGGCCCGACUUCAAGGAGAGUGAGAACGUCGAGUGGGAAUACUAAUGCUAUCAUCUGUGAAUUGGUCUCCUUCAUCCAACUGUUCUUUUUAUGGUGCUUCUUCACAUCAGUUUAUUUGUACUUACGACAUGUAUAAAUGUAUCAGCGAAGAUGCAAAUGGAAAAUUGUUGAGCGAGUCAUACAAUAGAAAUAAAACCCAACAAAGGUGUAUAAACGAUUGCACUUCCUUACUUAUUAAUACUACAAGUCUUCAUCUUGUAAUAAUGGCUGUCUAGUCGUAUUUCAUUUCUCAUACAAUUAGGAUACGUAUAAUACGUAUUUCGUCUGUCAUAUUCAUGUCAAACAUGAGAUGGAGUAUCAUUUAUUUUAUUCAUAAAUGUCCAUACAUAUUUGUUAAUUAUACAGUUGGAUUUUCUUAUGUAAUCAUGAGCUAGCUAGUUGCGUCCACCUGUUUAGUGCGAACAAGCUACAAGGUGCGUACUAAACUUGUCAACUUUUGACCAAUCUCUUAUAAAAUCUACAACUCAAGCUUUUAUAAAAGAUAUGAUGAAAGCACCCCAGUACGCUGUUAAACGAUUUAUAGAAGAUCUUUGGCCAAAUUAUGUUUCAGUCAUCAGUGUAAUACGUGCAUAAUCCUCUGGUCUCCUCUCGAGUAAAUCGCUUCCAAAAUAAAGAUUGGCAGUAAGUGACAAUAUGUUGAAGGGAUUGGCACUUCUUCUGUGUAUUUAUAUUUUACAGUUAUUAAUGCAAAUGUUAAUGCCUUACAGCAGUAAGAAUCAUCACGCCUAAAAUUUAUUGGAAGACGUCAUCUAUUCAACAACACACGUUAGCGCCAAAUUCAAAGACUUCAAAACUGAACAGCUAUAACCAAAGAGGUUUCAACAACCGCAAAUGUCAAUUGAACCUCGGUAUGAAACAAACCUACAAUUUCUGUGCGUUAUUCUAGGAGAUCUCUAGUUCUAAAAGAGAAUAUUAAACUGCACGAAUUUUACUAUUUUAAACUGAUACUAUUGGUAAAGAAUAUCUAAAUUAUUGUGCAACCUACGUAGAUAAAUUACAUUCGAAACGCAGCAUAUCCGACGAUAUUCAAGUGUUUCCUUCAAAGACGUUGGUAUUCCUGCAGUGACUACGCGUGUUUAGUAAAAUGGAAGAAAUAGGAAUAAUACUCACUGACAAGCUAGAAGACACUGCACAGGAUGCAAAGCAAACUACUACAGGCGCCUUGGGGAUCGGUGCUUCAGAUGAUACGGAUUUCGAGGACUUGUACACAAAGUAUAAGAAGCUUCAAAGGCAACUGGAAUUCUUAGCUGUACAGGAAGAAUACAUAAAAGACGAGCAGCGCAACUUGAAAAAGGAGUACCUGCAUGCGCAGGAGGAAGUUAAGCGGAUACAGAGUGUUCCCCUGGUUAUUGGGCAGUUUCUCGAGGCUGUUGACCAGAAUACUGGAAUAGUUGGCAGCACUACAGGUUCAAACUACUAUGUCCGAAUACUGUCGACAAUUGACCGGGAACUUCUGAAACCUUCAGCAAGUGUUGCCCUCCACAAACACAGCAAUGCACUGGUUGAUGUUCUCCCACCUGAGGCUGACUCAUCCAUAUCAAUGCUCCAGGCAGAUGAGAAGCCAGAUGUAACAUACUCUGACAUAGGAGGUAUGGACAUGCAGAAGCAGGAAAUUAGAGAGGCUGUGGAGCUGCCCUUGACACACUUUGAACUCUACAAGCAGAUUGGUAUUGACCCACCCCGUGGUGUACUGAUGUAUGGGCCACCAGGCUGUGGAAAGACCAUGCUAGCAAAAGCUGUUGCUCAUCAUACUACUGCUGCAUUCAUCCGGGUAGUCGGCUCAGAAUUUGUCCAGAAAUAUUUAGGGGAAGGCCCACGAAUGGUGAGAGAUGUAUUUAGACUUGCCAAGGAAAAUUCUCCUGCCAUCAUCUUCAUCGAUGAGAUUGAUGCCAUUGCAACGAAGCGAUUUGAUGCGCAGACUGGUGCAGACCGAGAAGUGCAGAGAAUUUUGUUAGAAUUGCUGAACCAAAUGGAUGGCUUCGAUCAGACUACAAAUGUUAAGGUUAUUAUGGCAACAAACCGUGCUGACACUCUCGACCCAGCACUCCUCCGGCCCGGUCGUCUUGACCGCAAGAUCGAAUUUCCUUUACCUGACAGGAGGCAAAAGCGGUUGAUCUUCUCAACGAUUACAAGCAAGAUGAACCUGAGCGAAGAAGUGGACCUGGAGGAUUAUGUUGCUCGUCCAGAUCGCAUCUCUGGUGCGGACAUAAAUGCCAUCUGCCAGGAGGCUGGAAUGCAUGCAGUACGUGAGAACCGGUACAUAGUACUUACGAAAGAUUUUGAAAAGGGUUACAAAAAUAAUAUAAAGAAAGAUGAAUCAGAACAUGAAUUCUACAAAUAAACUGUUUCUAAUUUUAUACUGUUUACUAAUAAAUUAUGUUUUGUGUUCAGUUUA